AACUUCUCUCUCACUUAUCACACUCAUCUCCUCCCAAAAAAAAAAAUAUUUUUUUUUUAAAAAAUAAAAUCAACAUCAACCAUUUAUCAAAAGAAAACCACAAUUCUGAUCUCAAAUCAUAAUAAAUAUUUGAAAUUUAAUACAAAGUAUAGCUAUAAGAAGGGUAGCUAGCUAGCUCUCUCUUAAUAUACAUAUAUAUAGCUAGUAGAAGAGAUCAAUUACAAAAAAAAUAUUAUUAUUAUUAUUUUAAAAAAAAUGGUGAGAGAUAUGUACUCCUCAAUUUCAUCAUCAUCAUCAAGAGGAGGGUAUGGUGAAGACAUGAAUAUGAUGAAUAUGAAACCUGCAUGGCUAGAGAGGUUGAUGGUUGAAACAUUCUUUGGUGAUUGUGGGGUCCACAAAAAUCAAAGGAAGAACGAGAAGAACAUUUUUUGCUUACACUGUUGUCUUAGCAUCUGCCCCCACUGUUUACCUUCUCAUACCUCUCAUCCUCUUCUCCAGGUGAGAAGGUAUGUUUACCACAAUGUAAUUCGAUUGGAUGAUCUGGAAAAGCUCAUUGAUUGUUCCAAUAUUCAGCCCUAUACUAUUAACAGUGCGAAAGUGAUAUUUUUAAAUCAAAGGCCACAAUCAAGGUCAUGCAAAGGUACAACCAAUGUUUGCUUCACUUGUGACAGGAUUCUUCAGGACCCAUUCCAUUUUUGUUCUCUCUCGUGCAAGGUAAUGGUGUACGAAGGUCAAAGUUUGUCCAACAUUUUACAUCGAUUUGAUGAAUCUGACUUUGCAAUAUCACAAUUCGAGGGAUUAAGAGUGGAUGGAUCUGAGGUAAUUGAUGAAGAUAAUAAUAUCAAUCUCAACCACAUUGGCCCAAGUUCUUCUAAUUACUCCAUUAUUACUACCCAUGAUCAAGAUCAAGAUCAAGAUCAAGAUCAUCAUCAUGUCAUCACUAGCACCAAGAAGAAGAACAAAUCCAAUAGAUUCCUCCCUGGCAUUGGACAUGUCCUCUCUCUUGGAAGUAGAAGAAAAGGUGCUCCUCAAAGGGCCCCUCUCCUCUAAUAAAUUAUUAUUAUUAUUAAAUUAUUAUAAUAAAAUUUAAUUAAUAAGAUAUUUUUAAUUAUUUACCAUAAAGUUAUUAUGGCUAAAUAAGAAUUUGAUGAUCAUCAUGUUUAAUUAUUAUUUAUUUGUGUAUGAAAAAAAAAUACUAUAUAUAGUAUGUGUUGGAUAUUAUGGUAUAUUGGUAUGUGCAUGCAAAGCUAGG